UGGGCGAGACAUGGACUACGAGUUCAAAUCCAAGCUGGCGGCCGAGCGCGAGCGGGUGGAGGAUCUGUUCGAGUACGAGGGCUGCAAAGUGGGCAGAGGCACCUACGGGCACGUCUACAAGGCCCGCCGCAAGGACGGAAAAGAUGAAAAGGAAUAUGCACUGAAGCAAAUAGAAGGUACAGGGAUAUCCAUGUCGGCCUGUAGAGAGAUUGCACUUUUACGAGAGCUGAAGCACCCCAACGUGAUCGCGUUACAGAAGGUUUUCCUUUCUCACAGCGACAGGAAGGUUUGGCUGCUCUUUGACUAUGCUGAACAUGACUUGUGGCAUAUUAUCAAGUUUCACCGUGCCUCAAAAGCAAAUAAAAAGCCCAUGCAGUUGCCAAGAUCUAUGGUUAAAUCACUCCUUUACCAGAUCCUUGAUGGAAUCCAUUACCUCCAUGCAAACUGGGUGCUUCAUCGAGAUCUGAAACCAGCAAACAUUCUGGUAAUGGGUGAAGGUCCAGAAAGAGGAAGAGUCAAAAUAGCUGACAUGGGUUUUGCCAGGUUAUUCAACUCUCCUUUGAAGCCAUUGGCAGACCUGGACCCAGUUGUGGUGACAUUCUGGUACAGGGCUCCAGAGCUGUUACUCGGAGCCAGGCAUUACACAAAGGCCAUUGAUAUUUGGGCAAUUGGCUGCAUAUUUGCUGAACUGUUGACUUCGGAACCUAUAUUCCACUGUCGUCAGGAGGACAUCAAAACGAGUAAUCCUUUUCAUCAUGAUCAGCUAGAUCGCAUUUUCAGUGUAAUGGGAUUCCCUGCAGAUAAAGACUGGGAAGACAUAAGAAAGAUGCCGGAAUAUCCGACUCUUCAAAAAGAUUUUAGAAGAACAACGUAUGCCAAUAGUAGCCUCAUAAAAUACAUGGAGAAACACAAAGUCAAGCCUGACAGCAAAGUUUUUCUUUUGCUUCAGAAACUUCUUACUAUGGACCCUACGAAGAGAAUUACCUCAGAGCAGGCUUUGCAGGACCCCUACUUUCAAGAGGAUCCUCUGCCUACAUCAGAUGUAUUUGCUGGCUGCCAGAUUCCUUAUCCUAAACGAGAGUUCCUCAAUGAAGAUGAACCUGAAGAGAAAGGGGAUAAGAACCAGCAGCAGCAGAACCAGCACGGGGCGCAGGCGGCGCCGCAGCCGCCGGCGCAGGCGGCACCGCCGCCGCCGCAGCCGCCGCCGCAGCAGAGCAGCAGCCAGACCAACGGCACGGCCGGCGGCGCCGGUGCCGCGGCCGGGGGAGCCGCCGCCGCCGCCGCGGGGCUCCAGCACAGCCAGGACUCCAGCCUCAACCAGGUGCCUCCCACCAAGAAGCCGCGCAUGGGGCCGUCAGGCGCCAACUCGGGCGGGCCUGUCCUGCCCUCGGAGUAUCAGCACUCCAGCUCACGCCUGAGUUACCAAAGCAACAUUCAGGGAUCUUCUCAGUCCCAGAGUACGAUGGGCUACUCCACGUCGUCUCAGCAGAGCUCUCAGUACCACCAGUCUCACCAGRCUCACAGGUACUGAGGCCUCACAGACUGCACUCGGAAAGGGGUGGACUCCAAGCCACAAGACUCCAGCAAUAUGAAGUUCACAUCGACGAGAAGAACCAAAAAUACAGACUGUGAUGCAGAAUGAAAAUUUACCCUUGCUAAAGGAAAACUUCACUUACUGAAGACUUUUUUCCUGCCCCCUGCCCCGGCUCUGUCCCUUUAUUGCCAUAGAGGAGAUUCUGGAGAAGUUUUUCCUUCCUCCCUUCCCCUGCAUGUGUUUUCUUGUGGUUACUCUGAUGAACCCUUCUGAUCUGAACCCAGCACUUAACUUCUUUAACCUUUGGAAUUUUGAAGGAUUCCUGGUGCACCUUCCUUAUACUGUAGUGAUUGCCAUAAAUCUGUCUUUUCAAAUCUCUUUGAUGGGAUUUUAAAGUUUUAAAAUCUUGAACUCCCAGGCUUUCAAGCUUGUAUAUAGUUAGUUUUAUACUAGGCAAACCAGUUUAGCUAUACAGGUAUAUUGCACCUUUUUAAAGCACUAUGUUAUUUUCACAGGAUAUUACUGUUUUGCUCAUGGAUGUCAAGAACAGCAAAUUUUACUGUUCCAGAGUAUUUUACUAUUCUGUUUUUAU